CGCGCGCAUCACUCCGCACUCGAGGUGCCAAACUGCGGCUGUGAUACAACUCCGGGUCGGUGGAAGUGGAGAAGCUUGACAGUUUCUAAAGAGGGGGACUCUGGUGAUUUAGACACCCCCUUCAUCAUCCUCUUCUUCCUCUGUCUUUGGAUUCCUACUUUCUUUUUUUUUUUUUCUUUUUUUUUCUCCUGCCUCCUCUUGCAGCUGUGUGGCUCUGACUUUGAGAGAGAUUUACUGUACGCGCUCUCCGGACAUGGCUUUCCCUCAGCUGGGGUACCCCCAGUUCCUCAGUGCCUCCCAUGAAGUGUACGGGGGCGAGCGGCCGGCCUCUGCCCGGGAAGGAGGCACCGAGGGCGGCGUGAGCUCAUCGGCCACCGCCGCGGCUGUCGGCUCCAUGCUGGGGAUGUACGGGAGCCCAUGGGCGGCUCACAACUACAGUGCCUUUCUGCCGUACAGCGGAGCCACAGACCUCGCCCUCAUAUCCCAGAUGGGCUCGCAGUAUGAGCUGAAGGACAGCCCGGGCUCCCACCCGGCCUCUCUACCUGUCCACGCCGCCCAAGGCUUCUACCCGUACGGCCAGUAUCCGUACGGGGACCCGUCGAGGGCCAAGACCGCCACCCGGGAGACCACCAGCACCCUGAAGGCCUGGCUGCAGGAGCACCAGAAGAACCCUUAUCCCACUAAAGGAGAGAAGAUCAUGCUCGCUAUCAUCACCCGGAUGACACUCACACAGGUGUCGACGUGGUUCGCGAACGCCCGCAGACGCCUGAAGAAGGAGAACAAGGUAACCUGGGGCCGCAGCGCCGAGGACCGGGACGGCCGCAUCUUCAGCAGCGACAACGAGGACGAGCACGGCAAGAACGGCAGCGACGACGAAGACGAAGAGGAGGAAAUUGAUUUGGAAACUGUCGAUAUCGAGAGGCCUGAGGAGCAGCGACCGCAGCUGCGCGCAGGGGAGCAGCAGCUCUCCGCGAAGGGGGAGGGAGGAGAGGCGGACGUGGCCGCCAGAGAGCAGGCCUCGGAGCCUCGCAGCUCGGACAGCAGCAGGACGCUUUCAGUUGAGGGCCUGAGAGGAGUGGAGGCGGCUAUUUCUCAGAAUAGAUCGCCUGUUGUCAAACUCGCAGUGGAUCAUUCUCCCAGCAGACAGGAGUGCCAGAGACCGCAGCAGAGCAAACCCAAAAUCUGGUCCCUGGCUGAGACCGCCACGGCCCCGGACAGCGCGCACAAACCUUCCCCCGCGGCCCAUGCGCACCAUCCGGCUUUGGCCUCCGCCGGCCACCCGGCCUUACUCCCGGGUCAUGGGAUAUAUACAUGCCAGAUUGGCAAGCUGCACAACUGGGCCAACGCGGCUUUUCUGAAUGCCAACUCUAUUUUGAACAUGAGAUCGCUCCUCGGAGGGGCGCCGGCCGGACACCUGCCUCUCCAUGGCGCGGUGCCGGUUGCGCGUCAUGACGCGCGGCCCAUGGCCGCGGGCCCUGGAACUUCGGGCACCGAGGAUGACAGUGAUGUGGAGUCGUCGGGAAGCUUCAGUCCAAAAAGAGAUGACGAAGAGAGCGACCACAGGCCCGAUUCCCUGAAGUCCCCGUUCCAGCUGAUCACUGACAGACCUCACCAUGGGACAGCACCACAGCGAGUUCUGACAACAAAAUCAUGAGAAGACAAAGCAAAAAGAAAUUAAAAAAACAAACAAACAAA